CUGGGUUGCAAGUCGGGGGGGAGGAGAGCUGCGGCUUCGGCCUGCGCAGCGCAGUGGGGAGGCGACCGCCCGGCGAUGGGGAGGCGGGCGCAGUCGACCCAAGGGUGGAGAAGGGGGAAGGCGAAGGACGCGCGUUCCCGGGCUCGUGACCGCUGGCGGCCCGGGGAACCCGCGCCCAGACAGGCGGAGAUGGCAGGCGGAGGGGACCGGCGUGUCGUGGGCACCCUCCACCUGCUGCUGCUGGUGGCCGCCCUGCCCCUGGCGGCCCGGGGUGUCAGUCGGGGGUCCGCAGCCUGGACCGAGGAGAAGAAUGAUCACCAGCCGGCCGUUUUGAAUUCAUCAUCUCUUCGCAAAGUGGCAGAAGGCACCAGUGUUUCUGAAAUGUGGCAAAAUGACUUACGACCUUUGCUGAUAGAGCGAUAUCCAGGAUCCCCUGGAAGCUAUGCUGCUCGCCAGCACAUCAUGCAGAGAAUUCAGAGACUUCAAGCUGACUGGGUCUUGGAAGUGGACACCUUCUUAAGUCAGACACCCUAUGGGUACCGGUCUUUCUCAAAUAUCAUCAGCACCCUCAAUCCCACAGCUAAACGACACUUGGUCCUUGCCUGCCACUACGACUCCAAGUAUUUUCCCCACUGGGACAGCAGGGUGUUUGUGGGAGCCACUGACUCAGCUGUGCCAUGUGCAAUGAUGUUGGAACUUGCCCGAGCCUUAGACAAGCAACUCCUCUCCCUGAAGAACACUUCAGACUCCAAGCUAGAUGUCUCACUCCAGAUGAUUUUCUUCGAUGGGGAAGAGGCUUUUCAUCACUGGUCUCCUCAUGAUUCUCUAUAUGGGUCUCGACACUUAGCUUCAAAGAUGGCAUCGACCCCACACCCACCUGGAGCAAGAGAUACCAACCAACUGCACGGCAUGGAUUUAUUGGUCUUACUGGAUUUAAUUGGAGCUCCAAACCCAACAUUUCCCAAUUUUUUCCCAAACUCUGCCAGAUGGUUUAGUAGGCUUCAAGCAAUUGAACAUGAACUCCAUGAAUUAGGUUUGCUCAAGGAUCACUCUUGGGAGAGGCAGUAUUUCCAGAAUUCUGGUUAUGGAGGUGUGAUUCAGGAUGACCACAUUCCAUUUUUAAGAAAAGGUGUCCCAAUUUUGCAUCUGAUAACAUUUCCUUUCCCUGAAGUCUGGCACACCAUGGAUGACAAUGAAGAAAAUUUGGAUGUGACAACCAUUGACAACCUAAACAAAAUCAUACAAGUCUUUGUGUUAGAAUAUCUUCAUUUGUAAUAUUCUGAUUUAGAUUAUGAUAAUUGCAUCUAGUAUCACAUUCAAAAAUCAUGGCACAGUUUAAAAUAAACUGGCUCUAGGCAAAUGCUGUGUGGAAACUUCUAUAGAUUCAUUCUUUUGGUAUCUUUGGAUAUGUGAUCAAUAAAUCAUAGAUUUACAUCAUGUCCUAAAUUGCUUAUUAAUUUUCGUUUAGGGAUGAAGAUUGGGAAAUGUAAGGAAAACAGAAAAAUAAAUGUCUUUUAAAAACUGCUUUAGAUAAGAAACUAAGAUGUUAAAUCAGAUUCAUAUAUUCAGUAUCAUGGUCUUCUAAAUACUACUUAAUUAUGAUGGUGAUGUGCAAUGUGUAGCCUUACUUUUAUUUUUUAUACUUAGGAAUCUAUUGCAUUUAUCAAAACAGAGAUGUGGUUUGAAAUCUUUCAAAUAUCUUCGAGAAAUCUUUGUACCUUCUUUCUAUGGAAAUUAAAUCCAAAAUAAGUGU